CCGCUACCAAUUAAAAGUUGUAUUCCGUCUCAAUCGUCUCCUUUUUUAGAAAUUGGUCAUUUUUCACGCGUCGUGACGAAAAAAAAAAAAAAGAUAUUUUAGUGCAAGCCGUAGGAGAUAAAAUGUAGAAUAAAAGUUAGUGGGAAAAAAGAAAAAAGAAAAUAAACCUAUCAUCAUUCAUGUUUCGAAAAAGUAGGUGUAAAGAGGAGGUUUUAUCCCUUCUUUUGUCUCCUUUUAAUCCGUCCAUAAUAAUUCCGCGUGCGAUUUUUUUUUAUUUAUUUAUUCUCUUCUUUCUUUCUAAAACAAUCAAUAAAAUAUGGGCUGUUGUGCGUCAACCCACGUAAAAGAUGAUGCGGGCAAAAGACGAGACCAAGAAAUCGAUGAACAGAUCAAAAAAGACCGCCAAAAGAUGAGCAACCAAGUCAAAUUAUUAUUGUUAGGCUCUGGCGAGUCCGGUAAAUCCACUCUGCUGAAACAAAUGCGCAUCAUUCAUGAUUGUGGCUUUCCUCAAGAAGAACGUUUAUCCUAUCGAGAAAUCAUCUUUAGUAACCUUAUCGAAUCCAUGAAGAAUAUCGUCAAUGCCAUGCACAAGCUAAAAAUUCAAUUGGCAGACCCUACACUAACCCAACAAGCCUAUCAGCUCAUAGCUGAUUUACCUGAACAAAUGGAAUGCGAUUAUGAUUUACCCACAGAUAUUGCUGAUGCCAUUCGACUCUUAUGGCAAGAUGAUGGUGUCAAAUAUACAUACAGCAGACGAAAUGAAUUUCAAUUGAACGAUUCUGCAGCCUACUAUUUUGAUGCCAUUGACCGCAUCUCCAGUCCAGACUAUAUCCCAAGUGAUGGUGAUGUUCUACGAGCACGAGUGAAAACCACAGGUAUCACCGAGACGAAAUUUGAGGUGGGUGACCUUAUUUACCGUAUGGUCGAUGUAGGAGGUCAACGUUCCGAGCGAAAAAAAUGGAUUCAUUGCUUUGAAGACGUAACUGCCAUCAUUUUUAUGGUUGCCAUCUCCGAAUACGACCAAGUACUAUUUGAAGACGAAUCUGUCAAUCGCAUGGGUGAAUCCCUUACUUUAUUCCAAUCGAUCUGUGACAUGGAAUGGUUCGCAAAGACUUCCAUCAUUCUCUUUAUGAAUAAGACUGAUCUCUUUAAGAAAAAGUUAAAAACUAGUCCUUUAAAGACGUAUUUCCCAAAAUAUAAAGGUGGGGAAAACUAUGACGAAGCAUGCAAAUUCCUCAUGGAACAGUUUCAAGCCCUCACUGUGAAAAAUUCAGAUAAAAGAGUGUAUACACACUUUACUUGUGCUACAGAUACAAAACAAAUUAAAUUCGUCAUGUCCGCUGUCAAUGAUAUUAUACUGCAAUCUACACUAAGAGACGUCGGCUUACUUUAAACAAACCACACAGAUGUAAAACAUACAAUUUAAUAACUAUUUUCUUUUUAUAUUUAAUAUACCCUUUAUAAACUACUAUUACUACUACUUUAAUGUGAUCACGUAUUGACUUUAUCAAGUGUGAGAAUAACCAAGCAUUUUACCUGCUACAUCUUGGCAACCCUGCAAUUUCAAAAUCCAGUCCCUCCCCUUAUUUCGAGAAGAUUCUUCCUCUAGUCCAUAGUAAUCC